UUGGACUUACUCUUCAGGUUCACUGCUGUUUUGCAGCCCAGAACUCCAUCAUGUCCUUCAGUGCCGACCAGAUUGCUGACUUCAAGGAAGCCUUUCUCCUGUUUGACAGAACAGGUGAAUGCAAGAUCACCUUAAGCCAGGUUGGCGAUGUCCUCCGGGCUCUGGGCACAAAUCCCACCAAUGCAGAGGUCAAGAAGGUUCUGGGGAACCCUAGCAAUGAAGAGAUGAAUGCCAAGAAAAUUGAGUUUGAGCAAUUUCUGCCAAUGAUGCAAGCUAUUUCUAACAACAAGGACCAGGGAAGCUAUGAAGAUUUUGUUGAGGGUCUGCGUGUCUUUGACAAGGAAGGCAAUGGCACAGUCAUGGGUGCUGAGCUCCGUCACGUUCUUGCCACCCUGGGAGAGAAGAUGAAAGAGGAAGAGGUGGAAGCCCUGCUGGCUGGUCAAGAAGACUCCAAUGGCUGCAUUAACUAUGAGGCUUUUGUCAAGCACAUCAUGUCUGUCUAAAUGGAGCUCUUACGAACACAUAUUGUUUUGAAUGACUGGCUGGAACCUUACUUGAUAACACUCAGGACUAAGUGUCCAGGUCUGUUUACCAUCACUCAGAAGAAGAAAACAAUGGCCAUCAUUCUAAACUGAAGGGCUCCCUGAAUUGUUACAUCCUUAAAUGUUCCUCUGAGUUGUACUGAAAACACAAAAAUCAAGAAUCUGCUGCUCUACAUAAGAAUAAGAUAUUGACAAUGACAAGUCCAAGUGCCAGCUUUAUUAUCUCCAUGGGUCAAUAAACAUCCUUAAAGUACCACAUCAAUAAAUAGUCUUGGUCAGUCUGGAA